GGCGACAUUUUUGAUUGGCUGGCGGGUAACAGGUGGUGUCUUGUCAGUGGUUUCCCGCCAGAUCGUACGGUGUUGUGUGUGAGGGGAGAUGAUGGGAGACAUCACGGAGGUACCACGGGUCCGGAUCAACACCAGCAUGCUGGCCCAGUACAUCGGGCAGCCCGUGUGCUUCGUGGGCCGGGUGGAGAAGGUUCACCCAACAGGGACAUCAUUUGUCCUGUCUGAUGGAGCAGGAAAAAACACCACAGUGGAAUUAGGAGAACCUCUUGACGAAGAAUUAUCUGGCGUUGUUGAAGUUAUCGGCAAAGUUACCCAGAAAGCCACAAUAAUGGGGAUCUCCUAUGUGCCCUUCAGAGAAGAUGUCGCCUCUUUUGAUCUUAACCUGUACGAUGAAGCCGUGAAGAUAAUCCAUGAAUUUCCUCAGUAUUAUCCCUUUGGACAGAAAGGAAUGGAAUAAGUCUUUCUUUCACCCACUGGAUAUCUGGAUUCUGCAGCCUGCGUCCUCCUCCUACUUAUUUUAUUACAGCCGCAGGAUUUGGCGUCUACUUUUUACCUGGUAUUCAAUGUCAGAACUGUUCCAGAGGAAAAAGAACAAUCCCCUUGAUGAUCAUUUAUCACUGACCCAUCCGCCUGAAUACAGAGGGGAGGGGGCAAAACAGGCAGGGUUGGGGUUCUUCUGUAAAUCUUGUGUGUUCAUUUUGGAAAUACAGUUAUAUUAUUUUUUAAAGGAAGUGUCUUUAUAUCAGCAACCGUUUUGGAUAAGAAUUGAGGCAGUUUACCAUCAAUGUGCCGAAAGCAGAUCUUGAAAUGGGGUUCCUCUGCUGUAAGAGUAGCCAUUGCUGUAGUAGUAGACAUUAUGGCUAAUGAUACACAUUGAAUUUGGUCAUGUGACUAAAGCUUCUGAAGUGUUACUCAUGUACUUUCUCAUUGGUCAUAACUAGAUAUAAAGUAAGUUUUUCCAAACGUAAUGAAUCGGUCAUAUAUUUAGGAUUCUGGUUCCCUGGAGAAGUCUGGUAUGAGACUCUGAACCAGUGUUUGCCAACCAGGGUGCCUCCAGCUGUUGCAAAACUACAACUCCCAGCAUUCCUGGACAGCUGGCAUGCAGAGAGUUGUAGUUUUGCAACAGCUGGAAGCACCCUGGUAUUGUCCUACCAGACAUCUACAAGUCAGCUGAUUAGAAUUUGAUGUGGUGAAUCUUACUCUAGAGCAGUGUUCUCCAUACUCUUGCCUUCCAGUUGUUGCAAAACUACAACUCCCAGCAUGCCCGAACACACAGGACCUGACUGAUCAAAACGUUUGACACUAAGUUUUUAUAAUGUCCGAUACACAUUAAGGCUUGGGGUUUGUCAUCUUUAUUUCCUACUGGUGUUGGGGACAUUAUAAGCCACACUGCAACAGACUUCACAAGGAUCUCUAGCCUUUCUGAUGGCACUGAAGUUAAAGGGGUACUCCACUGGAAAACAUUUAAACAAAUUUUUUUUAAAUCAACUGGUGCCAGAAAGUAAAUCGCUUCUAUUAAAAAUCUUAAUCCUUCUAGUAUUUAUCAGCUGCUGUAUGCUCCACAGGAAGUUCUUUUCUCUUUGAAUUUCCUUUCUGUCCGAAUACAGUGCUCUCUGUUGCCACCUCUGUCCUUGUCAGGAACUGUCCAGAGCAGGAGAGGUUUGCUUUGGGAUUUGCUCCUGCUCUGGACAGUUCCUAAAUGGACUGAGGUGUCAGACAGAAAGGACAUUCAAAAAGAAAAGCACUUCCUGUGGCGCAUACAGCAGUUAAGUACUGGAAGGAUAAAGAAUUUUUAAUAGAAGUAACCUACAAAUUUUUUUUAAUUUCUGGCACAAGUUGAUUUAAAUUUUUUUUUUUUCAAGUGGAGUACCCCUUUAAGGUCUUCUCACAGCUCAUUUUGGCAUAUACGUAUGAUUGGUUACGAUGGGCAACUUUUCCUCUGCACAGGUUUUGAUAAAUCUUUCCAGUCAAUUCUCUCUGAAAUCCACUCGAAAAUGCAUUGCAGUCUAAGAAGACAGCACAACUCCAAGCAGUCCCAGUGCUGGCUUGAUCUGCUUGCACCUGCUGCUUGUGAAGUUUUUGGGUGGACAUUGUGCUUAGUUAGGCCCAUAGAACACUUAAUCAGAUUGUAGGAUCUAUGGUGCAUGCCACAAUACCCAUGGCUGCUGUACAUGUAUACCAGUAUAACUGCAACUCCAGAACUUGAUGACUUUUUGGGUAUGUACACUUUUUCAUAGUGUCUAUAAACGCCAUAAUAAAUUUGGCAAGUGAUCAUGUUUAGUAAUCCUUCCUUUUUGGCUCCUGGGGUUUGUCCAGCCUUUGUAUGUAGAUCAGUGUUUCCCAACCAGGGUGCCUCCAGCUGUGGCCAAACUACAACUCCCAGCUUGAGUGGUGAACAAAAUGAAUAAUCCCGGUGAAGAUACCAAAACCAUGUUGGUUGUAUGAAGGGUUUUUUAGCUUUAAAACUGAGAUCGAUCAAACUGCACAAUAAAAGGUUCUGUAUUUUGACUGCAA